AUGGAAACUAAUCGCAUAUGGGUAGCCCUAAGAAAGGUUCCUGGCCCCAAAGCGCACUGGCUACUUGGAAAUCUAGAUGAUGUGGGCACAUUGGAAGAUUACCUAGAAGGUCUUACUAAAUUGUGCCAAGCUUAUCCUAAUAUGUUUCCUAUUUGGUAUGGUAUUACCAAUCCUACAUUAGUAUUGAGCAGCCCUCUUGUGGCCAAAAAAUUUAUCAAACCAUGUAAUACGAAAGAAACAGUCGUUCAACGAAUUUAUAAGGAGUGGACUGGGUCUGGACUUUUAUUCACUAAUGGAAAGCAGUGGUCAAGAAAUCGAAAAUUAUUAACACCUGGAUUUCACUUUGAUAUUUUGAAGACCUAUCUGGUUGUCUAUAAUGAAUGUAUCGAUAUCUUAAUGAAUAAAUGGUCAAAACUAGCUGUAGAAAGUAAACCUUUCGAAGUUCGAGAAGAUAUGAGCUUAUGCACUUUUGAUAUUAUCUUACAGUGUGCUUGCUCUACAAAGUUAAAUCCGCAAGCAGAAGGUUUUAGGCAUCGAUUCUUAACAGCAUGCCACGAAAACUCUCUCUUUGUGGAAGCUAGAGCGCAAAAUCCACUCUAUGUCAGCAAGUUGAUUUAUAAAUUAACUACAGAGGGGAAAAAAUUUUACUCCAAUGUUCAUUAUUGUAAACAAUUCGCUAAGGAAAUUAUACUUGAACGUCAAGCUGAUUUGGAAAAUCAAGAUGGCAUUAACGAAGAAAGGAAACACUUGGACUUUCUAGAUAUUUUACUCACAGCCAAGGAUAGCGAUGGUGUAGGAAUGACACUCGAUGAGAUGGCUGAUGAAGUGAUAACAUUUUUAUUUGCAGGACACGAUACAACAUCCACAUCAAUAUCCUGGUUACUCUAUAGUUUAGCGAGUAAUCCAGAUUAUCAAAAGAAAUGUCAAGAGGAGAUAGACAACGUUCUUGGUGACAGAACUGAAAUAGCAUGGGAGGACUUGUCGUCUCUACCCUAUUUAACGUUAUGUAUUAAAGAAUCACAACGAUUGCAUACGACAGUUCCGCUUCUUGGAUAUACGUUAGCAGAAGGUAUGACUGUUGGUGGAGUCAAAUUUCCUAAAGGAAUGGAUAUUGAAGUUCCAGCUUACGUCUAUCAUCAUGAUUCGAGAUGGUGGAAAGAUCCAUGGACCUAUGAUCCACUACGUUUUACACCUGAGAAUUCUAACAGUCGAGAUGCCUAUGUUUAUAUACCCUUUGCUAUAGGAAGUCGAAACUGUAUUGGACAAAAUUUUGCCUUCCAAGAAGUGAAAGCGGUAGCGGCUAGAAUCUUGCAACGUUUUGAUAUAGCUACCAAUCAGACAACCUUUAAGCACAUUCCAGGUGGAGUUUUGAAAAGCCAAAAUGGAAUAUGGAUAUCUCUCAAGGAGCGCAAGUAA